GUAACACCUGUGGGGUGGGAGUAGUUAACAUCGUCUAUAAACGCUUAUAAGCAGGUUGAUCGGAAAAUUCAAUUAUUUAUAGCUCGAUAAUACUCACGAGACGUAUGUAGAUAGCUCUGUAGAUUUGAUAGAGAUUCAUGUGUUGUAACAAGUGGUUGACUUAGAAUUUUGAGGUGAAGUGCAUUAACAACAAAAAAGGAAAAAUGGUGUGCGGUCUAGGGGCAACUGCAGUGAAAAUAGUUUUGAUCAUUUUGGCAUUAUCUACUGCUGGAUUCCUUGUAGCAACAAUCGUUUUAGCUGUAGAGAAAGACAAUUGCUCUUCUUCAGAGGAAAAUUCAACCGUUGUACCACCAACCGAACCGCCUCCGACCAAAAUCAACUAUCGACUGCCAGGCAACAUUGCCCCCACUGCUUACUUCCUAUCACUUAGUACUGAAUCUGUCUAUUAUUAUCAAGUGACGAUCUUGUUUCUAGUCUUGGAGGAUACAAAUGAAAUAGUUCUACAUGCGAGUGCAGAUAUGGAAAUCAGAUUAACCAGUUUAUUCCGAAUUGAUCCAGAAGGAAUAAAUACAGUCCUCGAAGUAGCCAGCCCAGUCAGGGAUGCGGAAGGGGAGUUUUUGAUACUUCCAGUGAAGCAACUAUUAGUUGCAGGGAAUGACUAUCGCCUUACCAUCUCAUAUACUCCCAGUUUUGACACUCAAUUCGGAUUUUACUCAUACAAAACUGGCAAUAAGGAGUUCUUCACCACAAAUCUGCAACCUAUUUAUGCACGUCAUGCGUUUCCGUGUUUCGACGAGCCAUCUUUCAAAGCGAAGUUCAGCUUGGAUAUAUCUUCCUCGGAAGGGAAUCGAAUCCUUUCUAAUAUGGAAGUUAAAAUGAGCAAUAGUACCAAUCAGGGUGCAGUUCGUAGCACUUUUGAAGAAUCCGUGCCUAUGAGUCCCUACCAACUGGCCGUUUUUGUCUCUAAUUUCGAUAGCGUAACAGAAAUUGUUGAGCCUUUGAAUGGCGCGAAUUUUACAACGACCAUACACGCUGCCAAAGAGGAUAUAGGAAAAGUAAGGUUUGCAUCAGAAUUGGUUGGUCAGUUGAUGGAAUACUUCAUUGACUACUUUGAUGUGGAAUAUCCGUUGUCAAAAUUAGAUUUGGUUGCUGUUCCAGAAUAUUCUAGUCUUGGCGGAGGUGGUCUGGGACUCCUAUUAAUGAAGGACUCAUAUUUGCUUUACGACGAAACCGCUGAUACAUCCAAAGAUAAGCAAACUGUUGCACUCAACAUUGCCCGCGCGGUGGCUCAGUUGUGGAUGGGUGAUCUGGCAACACAGAAAUGGUGGACUGACUUAUGGCAAUAUGAAGGUAUCACUAUUUAUCUGGCAUACAAGGCUUUAGAUAGCAUUUUCCCUAAUUGGGGACUAAUGGAUCAGUUCCUUACGUCGGAGCUCUAUCAAGCUUUGGACGUUGACACGCGUCUAUAUUCAUAUUAUAUAGGGGAACCUAUCAACGCUCCUGAGGAUGUGCUCGAACGCUACGGAGUAUUCACUAGUAGCAAAAGUGCAGCAGUCAUUCGCAUGUUUGAAAAUAGGGUGGGAGAGGAAGUAUUCCGUAAUGCCACCAGGAAGUUUGUGAAGGAUACCAGUUAUUCUAAUGCCCCAUCCUAUGAAUUCGUAGAUAUGCUUGCGGAGUCUGCUAAUAGUACCGCUUUGAAGAGGGCUGUAGAUACAUACGUUACACAGAUAGGGGCCCCUGUAUUAUCGGUGAAAAAACAACUCAAUCAAAAUUAUACUGGCUACGUAGUAAUACAGGAACAGUUUCCUGCUAACUCGUCAAAUCAGCGAGCCAACUAUUAUAGCAAAGGAACUCGGUGGUUUGUUCCUAUGACAUUUGGUUAUAUGAACGAAACUAAUUUCACAAUAACUCGUCGAAGUUGGUACAGUGAAACCACUGAUACUUACGUUAUCGGUAUUGAUAAGGAAUCAAAAUGGAUGAAAUUUAACAUGGAACAGAAAGGUUACUAUCAUGUAAACUAUGAUGACAGUUGUUGGAAAGAUUUGGAAACUGCUUUGCAAGCGGACUUAGAGGUGAUGUCUUCCGCUGAUCGUGCCAAUCUUCUUUAUGAUUCCUUCUCAUUCGCUGAGGUAGAACCCGACAUCGAUUACGAUAACUCUCUCAACUUCCUGAAGUUGCUCGAAAAUGAGCUUGAUUUUGCGCCAUGGUUUGUUGGAUCAUCAUCGUUGACAAAAUUGAGGACACGACUUCGUGAGGCAAACUUCAUCAACAAAUUCGAUGAGUUCCUUCAAAGCCUUGUAGAAGCUGCAUAUACCAACGUAGGAUGGACCCCAGAUGAGGACCACUUGAAAAAUCUGUUGCGAAUGCUCAUUCUGGAAACUGCAUGCAAAUUCGACUAUGAGCCAUGUUUGAGUGAUGCAAAAAAGCAGUUCGACUCUUGGAAUUACAGCAAAACUAAUAAGCCGCAGCCAGAUAUUCGUCAGAUUGUGUAUUCGUUCGGAAUUGCUUCGAUGAAGGACGAAAGUAGCUGGGACCAAGCAUGGGCAGCCUAUAUAGCCGAGUCGGAUGUCAAAGAGAAAAGAAUGCUGCUGAAGGCCCUGGCUCAAGUGAAAUCAUCGAGUAUCCUGAGAAAAUACAUCAACUCAGCGUGGGAUUUAAAUAACGUAGCCCAGAAGGACUACUUCGUAUGUUUGAGGGCCAUGGUGGAGAACCCAGUUGGUGUUCCAAUAGUAUGGGGUUAUUUGCAAACGAAUUGGCCCGGUUUAGUUCAGCGAUUCGGCGUAGAGGACCUUCAGCUAAACGAAAUACUAUUACUUGUUGCUGAGCAAUUUUCCAAUCAGGAGAGGUUAUUUGAAUUGACCAGUUUCCUGAAUUUGCAUAAGGAUAUCCUCGGAUCAACGCGGGCCAAAGCCGUAAGUGUUGUUGCCAAGAACAUGCUAUGGGAGGCAAAGUAUAAGUCAGAUAUUGAGAUGUGGUUGUUGGUGAAUUUUAACAGAUAGUAUUCCGAAAAAUACUUACUAGACAAUAUGUUAAAUUUUCUAAAAGAUAUAGUAAAUGUUAUUUUGUAUAUUUUGCCUAAAAGUAAAAAAAAACUUUUCUUUGA